UCUAUUUUUAGUUUUUUGGAAGCCAUUUUCUAAUCUAAAUUGGAAGAUAUUUUAUCAUUAUUCCUUGAAGUGGGAAUUAUUUGUUCAUAGUAACUUGCUGGUUCCUGGUACACAGUAGAUGCUUAUUUAAAUAUUUAUUGAAUGAACUUACUCAUCCAGUAAUCAUCAUCAUUCUAUAUCUUAUUACUGUGUACAAUCAUUUACUUUCAUACGGGUUAAUUUUAUUCCCAUGCCAUUAUUAUCAUGACACAAGAUAGAAUCUGAAUUAAGUGAUUUCUUCUAAAUCAUAUUGCUGGUGUAACUAGAAGAAUUUAGAACUCCUGGCUUUGAUUUCACUGUUUCUACCAAUAGGUUUCUUUUCGCCUUAAAAUAUAUAAGUUUUCUGUUCCUGCUGCCUAGCUGUUGCCAUGUGCUCAAAGAGCAUUUGUCAAAACAAAACAAACAAAAAGACAAAAAACAGUGGUUAACUCCCCCAAUAUUUGCAUACUAGCCUUAAUCCUAAGAAAUCCAAAAUAGGAUAUCAAACAUUUUGAUGGCAAAGUUUGUCUGGUAGGAUAAACAGCUCUCUUAAAGGCAAAUUACUCUUAUUUGAUGUCUGCAAACUGCAAAGCAGGUGCAGCAUUAACAUAGUAAUUGUUCAGAGACUGGAACUUUGUAACUAUGGAGACAUUACUUCACAGUGUUCUAACAGGUGGUGUUGGCCAGAUGUGAAAUUUGUAAUCAUAAAGGUAGCUUUGCUGGCUUACUGCACUGACUCUUGAGUUGCUUCCAGUGAGUGCUACACACCUUCAUCUUGAUGUGUUUAAUAUUUUUAGCCAAUAUCAGUAUUGGCUAUAUCAGUAUUGGCUAUAUCAGUGCUUACAUAUUCAUAUUAGAAUCCUGGUUCUGGCCCCAGCUUGGUUAAGAAAUCAUGAAGUCUGGCAGGUGCUUUAAGGUAGUUAGAUUAACAAGUGAGGUCACUCAAAAAAGAAAAUCUGCCUUGAAACUCAGCUCUAUUCACUGACUAAUGUCAUGAUUUGUUUUCCCAGAAAAGAAAAGAGACUUCUCUUCCAGCCAAGAUGAAAGACACACAAGCCACUCAGGAAAUUUCGGCGGUCCCGCAGAGUGAAGUCCAUGAGCAGGAAAAUAAAAUGGAAAAUCAAGCGCAAAUUGAAGACACAUGUGACAAUCUCCCAAAGACACAGCGAUCUGUAGUACAUUUUUUUCCAACGUCAACGGAUUCAGAUACCACUACACUGCCAUGUUCAUGGUCAUUAUCCAAUGAAAUACCUCUCAGUUACUAUCUGUCCAGCCCUCAAGUUAGUGGAGUAACUUUUUCAACAAUUGGACCAAAGCCUCUUAAACCUGCUCUAGUGAGCCAUUCCCAAUCAGAAGACAGCUUGGGACUCAACAACUUCAAAAUUCCAAAGAAACACACUAUGCCGGUGCUUGCUUCUCAGCUAGCUGUGGUUGGGGAAGGGGAAGAUUAUUUCCUAUCUUUGUUUGGUGAUUCAAAGAAACUUGUCAUGCACUCAUUCCCCACCAAGAAAACUUGGAAGCACUUUUCUAUGAUUCUUGAAGAAGUGGGCCAAUCUAGAUCCAGUGCUCUUGGAGACAUUAAAAUAGCUGAAGUGAAUGUCAAAGGUUUAUGCGUGAAGCUCAUUAACUCUUCCCUUGACAAAGAACUGGAAAUCGGAAAUCAUAUUCUCCAACAAAAUGUGGAUGGACAAACAGUCUCUCUGUACCAAUUCCUUCCCAAUAUCAAAAUGCAGGCCAAUUCCACGGUAACAGUCUGGGCAGCAGCAUCUGAAGCAAAGCACCAACCACCAUCAGAUUUUCUUUGGAAGGAACAGAACAGAUUUAGGACAAGCCCCAAUUGUACAACAAUCCUGUGCAAGCCUAAUGGUGAAGCUGUUGCCUGGUACACUCCUAUCCACUGGAAGCAAGCAUGGGAAAAAUUAGAGACUGACAUUGAAUGUGACAGAUGCUCAGUAGUAAGUCCAACAUCUCGAAGGCACAUGUUUCAUUGGCCAGCAGCUACAACUACAACUAAAGAAAAACAAGACCAAUCUAAGCAAGAUAUCUCAAAAUAUCAGGUGGAACGAGUUCAAGCUUCUCUUACAAGAGAAAAAGAAAUCCCACCAACCCUUUUCCCCAAUCGCAGCCCCUGGUGCCACAGUCCUCAUGUCUCUGCACAUCCUUACUGUUCACUGAUUGAUCCUCACAACACCUACAUGACUGAACGCAGCUUAGACAGCCAGCCCAGGUCUCAGUCAGCCAAGCCUGAUCUAGCCAGGACAAUAAUAUCCACGUCUAGAGAACAACACAAGGAUGCCUGACGUGACGCAGCCUGCCUUCCACACAGGAGAGGAAACCAGCAGCAAGCGAGAACACGGUUUCUUUUAGAAAAGAUAAUUCCUCAGGACUUUCCUGUAACCAUUUCUUAAAGCAGGAGAGAGAGUUCGUGGACAAGUUAAAACAUUUGCUUUCUAGGCUGUUAUGAAGAAAAACAUUGGUCAAAAGCAAAACCAUCACUGUUUUCAUUUUAUGCACAUGAAGUUUCCCAGUCACUAAUUUCAGUCUUUUAUACCCUGCCCAGCUGUUAGGUCGACAACUUCUGCCAUUUCUGCAGAUGCAUUUUCCAAAAGCACGUGUUUCAGGAAUUCUGAAUCUUGUGGUCUGAUUCUCUACACUUGGAAUCUGUCUCCCCAAAGCAUGCGUUAAUCCGGCUUCUUAAUGGCUGGAAGUAAUAGAUGAAGUUUCUAUGGAGUAACUAGUUGGGGGUUUUUAAACCUGCCUACAUGCAACUCAAAUGCCAAAAUAAUCUCUUCCACCUCGUGAUACUAGGUACAAAAUCCCACAGAUAGGAAAUGCCAAGAGUGUUUUAGUUAAAUAAUCUGAUAGAGCUACUUUUUUUUUUUUUUUUUACAAUUCUCACUUCUUAGUCUUUGGAGAUCUUAUUCUAUACCCAUCAAGAGUGUAGAAGCUGAAAAACUAAUGAACUUGCUCAUUUUUAAUGUUGACCCGCUUUAUACGCAGAAGGUAUGAUUGCGUCAGUUUCUGAGAACAAAUCCUGUCUAUACCUGGUAGCCCAGCUUCAUUUAAUUUAAUUUCUGCUUAUUUAUAUAACAUAUGCAGGAAGGUGGGGCAUAUACAGUCUUGGAAGGUGAGAUGGAGCAAGCAAAGUGAGGACCUUCCCCCGAUACACUCUGUUUAAAAAAAUAAACGUAAAAUAACCCCAAAAAUGAUCAUUAGUGGUGAUCAUUGAGUUUUGUUUUACUAUAUCCAAAUAUCAAGGGCUAAACAUACUUUAUUUUUAAAAAGUCAUGCGCCAAGGAACUCAAACAUAUACGUAUACCAAUAUCAAUAGCAGCAUUAUUCAUAAGAGACAAAAGGUGGAAACAACCCAAGUGUCCAUCAGCAGAUGAAUGGAUUUUUAAAAUAGGGUAUAUACGCACAAUAGAAUGUUAUUCAUCCAGUAAAAAAAUAAAAUGCUAAUAUGUGCUACAACAUGGGUAAACCUUGAAAAUAUUGUGCUAAGUGAAAUAAGCCAGACACAAAAGGACAAAUAUUCGGAUUCCAUUUUUCUGAGGUACUUAGAAUAGGCAAAUUCAUAGAAGUGGAAAGCACAAUAGCUUUUACCAGGCGUCAGCAAGAGGAGAGUGGGCAGUUGUUGUUUAAGGGGUGCAGGAUCUCUGUUCAGGAUGAUGAAGAAGUUCUGGAAAUAGUGCACAGUAUUGUGAAUGCACUUAAAAAUAGUUAAAAUGGUAAAUAAACAAAACUCUAGUAAAAUCAGAUUAGUAUUUCCAAGAUGGAAGAAAAGCCAUAUGCCAGUCUAAAGCAUCUGAGAAGAGUUAUAUUUCUUGAGAAAAUAAUUUGUCAUAUGCUUUUUGGUUGGAGAUAAAAAGGAUUCACGUUUAACCCAUGCAUAAUGAUGAAGCACAAAUAUUUUCUAGUCACCAAGCCACACUGAUCACAUUAUUUCUUUAGUCUUUGGACACUUAGGAGUAGACUUCUACCUUUUCAGACAACGCUCAAUAACACCUUAUGCCACUCUGAACCAUUAUGUAUGAUCUUUGAAUCACACGUUGGCUAAAUCGUGUAGGCUCUUCUUUUUCAUAGUUACCAUAGAAACUGUGUAGUCACGGUAUUUGAGGAGACAAUAAGAGCAUCCGAGAGUGUACAAUCAAAGUUAACAUUUCAUGGUUCAUAAUCUCUUCCAGCUGCCUCCAUUUGUGAUUAUCGUGUUCAAGUUGGGAGUAUAAAUGUACAACCCAAAGGGCUCUGGGAACUAAAGCCAAUAAGCGACCUCACCCGUGCAGGCAUCCCUCCCAACCUCCUUCCCUCAAAGAUUUGCGAUAGAAACUCAUAAAAGAAAUGGCAUGUGAGCCUCAGGUGUUUCCAAUUAUUUCCCUCGACUGAGGAGAGGUUUCCUAAUCCAAAACAUAUUUCGGCUCAAAUAGUCUUCCUUAUAUUUGAAGCUUGUGUAGCUUCAGAAGAAUUUCACCUACAUAUCUGAUUCAUUGACACUUCAUCAACAACAAUAUCCCCUCUGAGCUCUUCUGUAAGAACAUUUCCUCUCUGGGUGGUCAAAAAUAUGGUGCAUUUAAGUAUUGCUUGUUUUUGUGAAGCGAACUCUCAGAAAGUGUAUAACCUUUUGCUCUUGCAAGAAAAAGAGAAAUAAAUGCUCAGUGUGGUAGAUUUCUUGUCAGUGACAUCACCAUGGAGUGUUCUAGCACAAGCCUCAACUAUCUUCCUGCUCAAGGGCUAUCAGUCUCUCUAGAACAGUACAGGAAGGGGAAGAAUGACCUACCUCUACUGGUACAAAUCAUUAACUACCUAAGUGGUAAUACUCAGGCAAGACUAUUCAGGGAUUACAAAGAAAGAAUGUGGGUUUGGAGCAUUUUGUUUUCCUAAGUUUCUGAAUGAAAGGUAUAAGAUUGAUCAUUUAGGCUUCAGCAGCCUUAGACAGCAGUGAGCUUUAUCUCAUGGUCCCAGAAAUUCGCUACUUCAUUGUUGCCUCUGCGAUUUUGCGGCAGCACUCUGCUUAUAAUCAUCUUACAGGAGCAGUGAGGGUUAUUUCAUAAAACAUCCGAGUAAUGAUCAUUGUUAAAUUAUAUUCACUUGGUUCUGAAGAACCUAGGGGCAGCACAGGAAUAAAGACGCAGAUGUAGAGAAUGGACCUGAGCA